CAUUUGUGCUCUUACCAUCUUCGCCGGCUUAGUGCGCCUUGAUCGCGUGUCAUAGCGCGUCACCAUGUCGGCCCGUAACCCGCUCCAGGUCGCCAACAACGACUCGGCACGAAAGCGCCGGGCCCACACGAAAUCCCGUGGCGGCUGCGGCAACUGCAAACUUCGAAGAGUGAAGUGUGAUGAAUCCAGACCUUGCUGCAAAAAGUGCCAGACUUUCGGAGUUUCGUGCACCUACGAUCGGAUCUCUUCCGCGCUGCAACCUUUUGAGGAAGUCGCCUUUGUCCUCGGAGCCCCGCAAACAACCGUUUCUGUGAACCGUGCCGUUUUAGGAACCCUGAACGACUCCAUCAGGCGACAGUCACCUGGCGGGAGGGCGUUCCAGCUAAAUAACCGUGAUCUCGCCUUGCUCAACCGGUUCCGUGAACGGACCGUCCUCACCCUUGGCUCUGAGAAGACAAGCCUCGUCCUUCAGAGAGAGGGAACUAAACUAGCCUUCCAGCACCCUUUCCUCCUGCACGCAGCCUUGACUCUCACCAUGAUGCAUGACAGAGCAGACUCGUGGAGCACAAAGCAAAGUGUCCUGGAGCUUUAUCACUGGACCGAAGCCACUUCGCAGUUCAACCGCAAGCUGUCAGGCCCCUUGACCUCGUCAGACCGAGAUGCUAUAUGGAUGGCGUCAGCCAUCCUAGGCUGCACGACUCUGGGCCAAGUACAAGGAGACAGCCCGGAAGAAUGCUGGCCGCUCCGACCACCGUCGGUCGCAGAUCUUGACUGGCUCAAGCUGGGCGAGGGCAAGAAGGUGGUUUGGGAGAUUGCCGACCCUCUCCGUCCCGACAGCAUAUUGCGGCCUAUGGCAUUGGAGCAUUACGACAAUAUGAUGGCUGAGGUCAGCGACCAAGAGUCAUUCAAGGCUCUUCCAGCCGAGCUCCUCGAGCUCUGUGGUCUUGGACCAGGCUCUAGCCCCGAGACCAACCCGCUUUACCGCCCCGCGGCUAUGCUGGGUCGCCUGAUGCCCAUUGAACUUUCGCAGAAGACUCUCCUACACUUCAUGGGCUUCGUGAUCUUGAUGCCGCCCGACUUUCUCGCCCUAAUCGAGGCCAAAGACCACCGCGCCGUCCUACUCCUGGCGUACUACAUCGCGAAGCUCCGCGGUCGGUCGCCGUGGUGGUCGGGGCGACGCCUCCAGAUGGAGUGCGAAGCCAUCUGCCGCUACCUGGAGAGGUUUCACGGCGGCGUCCCGCACAUGAAGAAGCUGCUGGAAUUUCCUAGGACAUAUCUGGUUGGCCUCAAUCAUGCAUCGCCUCCGGGCUCCGAGUCGACGGAAUCUCUGUCUGCCGAUGGCAACACGGGGUCGUCGGAGUCGUCGAUGUCAUUUGUCUUUAGCGACUAGGGCCAGGCGGACGAACAAACGUGGGCCGGGAUACCUCUCAAAGCAAGCCCCUUCCCACGAAACGCAGCUUAGAACCCCGCUCACAAAAUUGAAAUCGAGUUCUAAAGUUACAUCGGGUUCACAAAAGCAUUGGGCAGCUGGCAUGGUCUGCUGGUCUCCAUAGGACCGACGGAGGGUCAGAAUGGCAUGGGAUUCUAAUGGUCCCAAUCCAUACACUUGCUAGGGGA